AUGGCCACGACUGAUGAUGCCACGUCGAGAAAGUAUAUACUCGCAUCGCGCGCCUCGCAGCUAGCGCAAAUCCAGACGAAUAUAGCCCUCGCAGCACUGGAGGCACUCGACUUCCCGUCCGACUUUCCCAAGCCGACCUUUGCUACGUCUUUCAUGGCCACAGCGGGUGACAAGAAUCAGUCCCAGGCUCUUUUUCUCAUGGGAGGGAAAGCGCUAUGGACCAAGGAGCUGGAAGUGGCCUUGAAGGAGCGAGAGGUGGAUAUGCUCGUACAUUCAUUCAAGGAUGUUCCCACUGUGCUGCCGGAAGGCUGCAUCAUUGGCGCGAUAAUGGAAAGAGAGGACCCUGUGGACAGUCUCGUCAUCAAACGAGGCAAAGAAGAUGCGUGGAAAAGUCUGGAUGACCUUCCAGAUGGUAGUGUUGUUGGCACGAGCAGCGUUCGACGUGUCGCCCAACUGAAACGAAACUUUCCCAAGCUGAAAUUUCUCGAUGCAUCUCAUCUCCUCAAUUUACAUUCCAGGAAUACCCGGCUGGCAAAACUCGACGCUGAGGAUGGACCUUAUGCUGCCUUAAUUCUCGCCAAGUCCGGCCUGGUGCGCCUGGGAAUGGGCCAUCGUGUUACAGCAGAUCUCAUCCCACCGACGCUGUAUCAUGCUGUCUCUCAAGGCGCUUUGGCUAUUGAAAUCCGAAGCGAUGAUACCGAGGCGUUAAAGUUGUGUGAAGCAAUCACUCAUAAGGAAACUCAAAUCAGAUGUUUAGCAGAGCGUGCAUGCUUGAGGGUUCUUGAGGGGGGCUGCAGUGUGCCAGUGGGGGUUGCUUCCACCUUUGAGGACGGUGCUCUGACCUUGACGGGCUGCGUAACAUCGCUAGAUGGAAGUGAGCACGUCGAGCAUACCUUGAAAGAGCCCGUGUCAUCUGCGGUGGAGGCUGAGGCUGUUGGAGAGCGACUGGCCAAGAUCCUUAUUGGAUCUGGCGCCGGAAAAAUCUUGGAUGAUAUAAAUGUUAACCGGGAGAAACGAGCAAAGGAGGCAGAGAAAACAGAGAAGGAAAAGUAG